GUUCUUCUUGUUGGAAUGAACCUGGUACAAAUUGCGCUUGGCAUUGGGAGUACUUCUGAUGAGUUGGUUUCUGAACUCAACUUGAUGUCACUGGAGAUGGAAGACCAUGAAAUAAGCACAUGUGGUUGCAGUUAGCGCGGGAAAUGAUUACGCCGUCGGAAACAUAAUUUCUGAUGCUUCUAAAAAGUAGGCAGGGAAGGCAUGGUUAGAAUUGAAAAAGGGAGAAGCACGGUAAAAAGAUUAGAGGUUGUCGGAAGAAUGGAGGUUGUACGUGGUUACCUCUCACCUUUCUUUGUGACUAAUCAUGCAAAUAUGUCUGCGGAGUUCACUGACUAACUUAUCAUGCCAAAUAUGUUUGUGGAGUUCACUGAUUGUAACAUAGUGCAGAGAUCUCCAUCACGUCUCCCUAAGCCACUAUAUCAGAAGAUGCACACACAUCACUAUGCUGGAUAAUUUUAAGAGUUUGUCUUUUGUAGAUCCUGUUGGUUGACAAGAUAAUUUCUUAUCCAAGGGACCUUUUAUGGGCAUGUUUUAAUGCUGUAAAAGAAGAUUUUCCAUUUUUAUUAAUGGCUGAUGCUGUCGAAGAAGCUACAUUGGCUACUUUGACGAGAAACAAGCUAUCUGGGAUGAUCAAAGUGGCGGCAAUUAAGUAUCCUUCUUUCUGUGAACGAAACCCCCUAUUUGUGGAAGACAUUGCAAUUAUAACAGGAGGUACAUAACUGGGUAACGAAAUUAACCGAUGCAACUCCAGUCAUAAACAUCUCUUAUUGGUUUUCAGGUAUAGCGUGCCCUCAGGUUAACCUUACAACAACCUAUCUUCCUUACCACAUAUGCUCUCCAGCCGUUUCCAAUUUCAAUCUUUCAACCAUGGGGAACUGAAAUUAGGUACAAUCCAAUCAAGGCUGCACAGCUUACCCCAAUCUGAUUUUUUCUCCACAAGCGACGAGUCAUGGGAAAAUCUAGAAUAAAAUUUGGUCCCACGUAUGAGGAGUACCAAUGACAGUUUAUUUGUAGCAAAUAAGCAGGCCACCUCCACCGGUUCACACUACAGAAAAUGUGGUCAUCCUCUUCCUCGACACCUACUGUGGACCAUCAUAUCCCAAUAUCUGUCCUUUGAUUCUUUUCUUCAUCAUUUACAUGGGCAGUAACAUUCCGAUUGUCACUUGAAAAAGAGCAGCACAAGGUUUGAUGUGCGUACUUUCAUUGCAGGUCCAUCUGAGAUAAUAGACACGCAUGCUCACAACCUUUCAAGCCACGUGUUGUUAGCCUCUUCUUUCUGUUAGCUCCCGUUCCAUCUCACUUCUUAGUCAUUAGCUUUCUUUUGCUCAAAGUUGUCUAUGUCCUGAUUCGAUGUAACAUGCCAAUUCAUCCCUCUUGGUGAUUUACAUAUUUUACUACCUUUACAGAUUCUAGCACCUUCUGAUGAUUUUAGCAUCCAAGAGUACGUGUGAGAAUUGGAAUGUCUGUGCAGCAGUAUUUGCCGUCUUGCUGGUUUGGACCCUCAAACUAUUUGUGAAAUAGAUGAAGAUUUAAGAGGCUCAUGUAGUUGGAUUAUGCUAUGUUCAUGUUAUUUGACUCGCACUUCUACCCACUCACUACUCGAUAGCCAAGUGAUUAUGUAUUACUUUAAUCCACUGCUAUUCCGCGGGCUGUUUAAUACUCCCUCGGUCCCAAAAUAUAAGAUCAUUCUUGACACUAUGAUAAUGUAAUAAAUGGUAUUACAUUUUGGAAUGGAGGGAGUACAUGGUAAACAAAGAUAUAAUUUUUAAUAAUAUCUUAAGUAUGUGCGAAAUACCCUCUCCAAAUAAUAUAGGAACCGGUGUCUUGCCUGCAAGUGCAAGUUUAUUUAAUUGUACUCGUAUUGAGCUUUUCCGUUGAACUUUUUACAUCAACAGGAAAAAAGACGUUGUGGGCAAUACUGUGUGCCGCAAAGAAAAAUAAUAUUGGAUGCUCAUAUAAGUGAUGUAUUACAUCAAGAUGAUAUAUAUCCAAUUUUCCAUAUUCUACAUGAGAUAGCUUUUGUAUGUUCUACGGAUGCUGCCUUGUUUCGUGCAGGCUUAUUGUGUGCUACACUGGUCCAACAAGUAGUGUAUUGGUUCCAUAUCAGCAUAGCUUCCCAAUUCAUAUAUGGACUUCAACAUAUCAGGAAAUAAGUGACCUUUUCCAAAUGCAGUUGAGGGGACUUCUAAAUGUUACUUUUCGAAAAGAGAGAAGGAGGAUUAUUGAUAUAUGCACUGGACCAUGGAAUGAUUCAUGUCAUUCAUGAAUCAAUACUAGGCUCUAUAUUAUCCAAGAUAUUAGUACUUAGAUGUGUUCUUUUCUCAUGAAUGUCUUGCCCAUCCUAAUAGAGACCAAUAAACAAAGUACGUAGCUAUUACCAGAAUAUGUUUCCAUUUUAAUCCUCAUAUUUGAUCUUAUCUGUAAACUCAGAUUCUUAUGAUUGUAGUCUACGGUCUAAUAUUUCGAGCACUACUAUACUUUAUACCUUCUCAAGCGUACUAUGAUUUUUCUUUUGAGCUUAUGUUACUUUGCAAAUAGAACCAUUAGCUUAUAAUCUGCUAUAAUAUACCCUAUAUUCAAUGUUUAAUGCUGCAAAGUAUUUAUACAAAUUUCUUUCAUUUUAUUUAACCAAUGAAUUGGUGCAGCAACCACCAUAUUUUUGUGGCUCUUUCAGAACAGUAGACAAUGUCAUAAAAUAUGUGAUUCCAUAAUGACGCACAAUUUAUUAUUCCUUAGUUACCUAGGCUCAGCCCAUGUACUUUAUGCUAGAGUUGAUGUAUAGCCUGUGAACUGAUGUUGUAUAACUCAUUUUCACCAGGUUUGCAGAUAUUGACUGAGGUUAGUGUUUCUAUGCAAUGUAUACUAUUCGGUUGAUGUAUAAUAUGUCAGAUAUCACUUCACUAAUGCCUAGUAUUGUUUCUUCGGCAAUAUUAUUUUGUAUGAGUAGUGCAAUACUUUUAAACUAUUUACACCACCGAUAUUUUAACAAAAAAACUAUAUCUAUUUUUCAUACUUUAUUUAUGCACAAAUAUAUGAAAAUCCUAUUAUUACAUCACAAAAAUAGAUGGGCGCGGUGUGCCAUCAAUGAUUUAGUUGUUUUCAUACAAUCCUCGAGUUCUGGUAGCUUUUUGGGUCAGAUUUUUCUGUAAAUUGAAUUAUCUGUGUAAAUUAGACCAUUUCUAUCAUUUUUAUAUAAAUUGCAGGAACCCCUGCCCUCUCGAAGAGGUUCUUCAGAAGAAGAAAAGAAAGCUAUUUGAGAAACGAACUUGCAAAACCAAUAUUUACGCGUGAAAUGCUUCAAUGGGUCAAUCUGUUGUUUCUAAAUUGCUUUCACAUUUAUCAAAUGGCGGGCGAUAGGGUGAUAGGCGUCGGCGGACUGGCCCAAAUUUGGGCCGGUCGGCCCACAACCAUCCCAUUGGGUGCAUGUAUAACUGUUCGAUGUAGCUGCUCUUUCGUCAACUCACGCCCUACGACAGAUUAUGCAUCUAGUCGCUCGGUUUCACAUCUGGCCAAAUGCACGCGCUUGCCGGUCGCCAUCGUUGCCGACUGUCCUCGUUGCUGGUUAUCGCCCUCGCCGUCGGUCGUCGCCUGCAUUAUCAUGGACUUCACGUAUGCAACAGCUACAACAUGCAGUUGCAGCUCCGAUGGCGAUGGCCGCAGCUUGAGAAUGUGCUCGCCGUUGUCCACGUCUAAUGUGGUAGCUCGUCUGGUGCACCUCAUGGUUGCAACAUCUCACUCGUCCGGUUCCAGAAAAUUCAAGCAUCGGUUCCGACAAAAAAAUGUCUCGCCGCUAGCUAUUAUAGUUUGCUGCAUUGCCGGUUGCAACUCGCCAUGAUGCCGGUUGUAGCAAAAAACAGGACGUCGCUAUAACAUGUAGCAAAAUACAAUGCCGGUUGAAGCUGGAUGGGACACUGGUUGUAGCAAUUUAUGACAUCGGUUGUAGCAAAAAACAGGACGUCGCUAUGCGAUGUAGCCAAUUACAAUGCCCGUUGAAGUUGGAUGGGACACCGGUUGUAGCAAUUUAUGACAUCGGUUGUAGCAUGUAGCAAAAUAUCAUGACGACGAGGCGCUGCCGGAGCAGCGCCUCCGUCGUCACAGACCGUGGUCACCGCGCUCGCUGUCCAUGAUCACAACUCUCUUGGGCACCGGUUGCAGCUCCCUCCAUCGAGGUUCCAACUCCCGUCGCCGCCGGUUGCAACGUACUCCGUUAUCGACGUCAUAGUUCGCCAUUGCCGGUGACUAGCGAGAAGCUGGGUGGACGCGGGCCAUGGCCUGUCGCCUCGAGGUAGAGGCCAUGACAACCGCGGAGGAGCUUGAGUUCGCCAUGGAAAUGAAAGAUGAGUGUGAAAAAGAGAAAUAAAAGGGGAUGAGGAAAAAAAUGAGUCGCUAGGGUCGUAGGGAAAAGAUAAGUGGGGAAUGAAAGGCAUAUGGACCUACGCGAGAUGCCUUGUGGUUAGUUGGAUUAAAAUUGAUCCCACCACCAGGACGCAGCCGGCGAAACUUUCGGCCGGCGUGAAACAUUUCCCUUAUCAAAUUUACUAAAGUUUUUUUAGAAGACGCACCAAAGCGCUGGUGUCAUGACAUGGACGUGGCCUGGAUGCCCGAUGAGCACGCUGCUUCCUAUCCGGACCAUGGUCUAGUCUUUCUUCCUCGCGUACGUGCCACCUAACAUUGACAAUGCAUACAUAUCCUUGUUGAACGGUUCUUGCACCCCCACCGAUUGAACGAAGCUUGUUGUCUGGAAGUCGACCUCGUGUCAUUAAGGCUAUAUCAGAAACUUGAAUACUGCUUCUAUACUCGGUCUGUUUCAAGUUGUUUAAUGGCGGUAGACAAGACAUGGUCGUUUGGUCCAAUUUUUUUCCUCGAUCACGUGUUUCACCUAGAAAAACGCAAUGUUCUUUUGAACUGUUCUUUCUUCUUGCACCCCAUGGAUAGCAUCUGGCUCCUAUGCUAUAUAUACAUACGCGCGACAGGAGAGAAGAACAUAACACUCGUCUCGAGAUCAGACAUGGAUUCGAGGAUAGCUUUCUCUUGUUGUGCUCUGCUACUGGUCACACUAUUGCCUCUUUCGGCGAAUGCGUCGAGCAAACUCUACAUAGUGUACAUGGGGGAAAAGAAACAUGACGAUCCAUCUGCCGUUACCGCGUCGCACCACGACAUACUAACCUCCGUACUUGGGAGCAAGGAUGAAUCCUUGAAGUCGAUGGUUUACAGUUACAAGCACGGAUUCUCUGGGUUUGCUGCAAUACUCACCAAAACCCAAGCAGGGACUUUGGCAAAGUUUCCUGAAGUUAUAAGUGUGAAACCUAACACUUACCACAAGGCGCACACAACUCGGAGCUGGGACUUCCUUGGCCUUGGACAUAACAAAUCACCACAGCAAACUGACCUCCUCCGAACAGCGAAUUAUGGUGAAGAUAUCAUCGUGGGGGUGAUAGAUUCAGGCAUAUGGCCUGAAUCACGAAGCUUUGACGACAACGGAUACGGCCCUGUGCCGGCACGGUGGAAAGGCAUAUGCCAGACUGGAACGGCAUUCAAUGCAACAAGUUGCAAUAGAAAGAUCAUCGGCGCACGGUGGUACUCUAAGGGAAUUGAAGCCACGAACCUUAAGGGUGAGUACAUGUCGCCUCGGGAUUUUAACAGCCAUGGCACUCAUGUUGCCUCGACGAUUGCCGGAGGAGAAGUGCAGGCUGUGAGCUAUGGCGGCCUAGCCACCGGCAUGGCACGUGGUGGAGCGCCACGUGCACGGCUAGCAAUUUACAAGGUGUUAUGGGGCCCGAAGACGGCAAGCAGUGACGCGAACAUCCUGGCGGCCAUCGACGAUGCCAUACACGAUGGUGUGGAUGUCCUGUCGCUCUCACUUGGAGGGGGUGCAGGUUACGAGUUCCCUGGGACACUGCAUGCUGUCUUGAGAGGGAUCUCAGUUGUCUUUGCUGCCGGGAACGAUGGCCCGGUGCCACAAACGGUGACAAAUGUUAUGCCAUGGGUGACCACAGUGGCUGCUAGCACCAUGGACCGGGCCUUCCCAACCAUAAUAUCUCUCGGAAACAAAGAAAAGCUUGUGGGACAAUCUCUUUAUUACAACUCAACUCUGAACACCGACGGCUUUAAGGAGCUUGUUCAUGCGCAAAGCUGCACUGCGGAGUGGUUGGAAUCAAGCAACGUGACCGGCAAGAUCGUCCUGUGCUACGCACCGAGGCUAGCGCCGAGUGUGCUGCCUCGGGUUGAGCUCCCCCUCACCAUCAACCGUACCGUGGGUGCCGGAGCCAAGGGCCUCAUCUUCGCGCAGUACACCACGAACCUCCUUCCCAAGUGCAAGGGUGGCAUGCCCUGUGUUGUAGUAGACUACGAAACCGCACAGAGAAUCGAGUCAUACUUGACGAUCACAGAAAGUCCAAUUGUGAAGGUGUCACAUGCCAUGACCGUUGUCGGAGAUGGGGUUUUGUCGCCAAGGGUCGCUUCAUUCUCGUCCAGAGGCCCGAGUCCCCUGUUCCCAGGCAUACUCAAGCCUGACAUAGCUGCACCAGGUGUAGGCAUCUUGGCAGCUGUGCGCGGUUCCUAUGUGUUAAACGAUGGUACAUCCAUGGCAUGCCCACAUGUCUCGGCAGUGACCGCGUUGCUUAAGUCGGUUCAUCCUGACUGGUCACCUGCUAUGAUCAAGUCCGCAAUCGUCACCACAGCGUCAGUGACCGAUCAUUUCGGUGUGCCAAUCGAAGCAGAGUCCGUCCCAAGGAAGCUAGCUGAUCCCUUCGACUUUGGUGGUGGCCACAUAGAUCCUGACAGAGCCGCUAACCCUGGCUUGGUUUACGACUUGGAUGCAAGAGAGUACAACAAGUUUUUUAACUGUACCCUUGGAUUGGUCCAUGGUUGCGGGUCCUACCAGCUCAAUCUCAAUCUUCCGUCAAUCGCUAUUCCAGACCUCAAGGACCAUGUCACAGUUCAACGCAUUGUCACAAAUGUGGGGGUGAUUGGAACGACUUAUCAUGCAGUGCUUGAAGCUCCAGCGGGGGUAGUCAUGUCCGUUGAACCAUCUGUGAUCACAUUCGCCAAAGGAAGUAGCACAAGUAUGACAUUUAGAGUGUCGUUUACUACAAGGAGGAGAGUGCAAGGUGGGUUUACCUUUGGGAGCUUGACAUGGUCAGAUGGAAAUACACAUUCGGUUAGGAUUCCCAUCGCAGUAAGGGUUGUGAUACAAGACUUUGUUGCAGAUACAUCUUAAAUUCACCAAGUCGAUAGUGUGUGAUUGUUCAUGCAUUCAUGUACUAGGCAUCAAAAAUCAUUUUACAAUGGUAUGAAAUAAACAUGGUAGUCCUUCAUCAUUA